AGAGCUCGCUCUCGCUCCUUCCAUCGCCGCGCGGCGAAACCGCACUGCCCACGGACGCCGUCACAACGUCCGUAGCCACCGUCAGUGAGAGCCGCAAAUGCGCUAGUGCGAGCGAACACCGAGAGUUCGUGGACGACGAUAUGCGACCACCAUGAGUGCGCGGCGUCGGCUUGGAACGGGCUCGACGCCGCCGCUUUCGAUUCUCGCUCGGCCUGAGAAGCCCGCGAAAUGACACACCGGAACCUUGCUUGUGUGCAAGGACUAAUCGUCCUUAAUCUCCGAAGAAACGAGGAUUAUCGCCGCUGUGCGCCGAGACGCCGGAUAAUCUACUGCUGCGUGGCCUGUGGUCCUGCUUCUGGGUCACCCGGUUGGGUCCGGGAAGCAGGCGUGGUUAUUGUGUGAUCGGUGACUUGUGUGUCCCAGUGCUGCCACGGUGAUUGUGUGUUGAUCAGUUGCUAAAAGCAACGACACCUGCUCGACAUGAACGACACCAGAGGAUCAGCCGCCUUUGGUCGUGGACGCUCCAGAUAACGUGUUGGUGGUCAACCCGGAACUCGCAAUGUUCAAGCGCCGCGAGGAAGUCGUGUCUGCCGAGGACUCGAGCCGGAGCUUCUUCGUGCGUUACCUAGGAUGCACCCGCUUCCAGUCCAAAUCCAAGCAGCGGGGGCUGAAAGCUCUGCAGCAACCGUUGCUGGACUUGUACAGUGCCGCGAGGCGCAAAGGCGAGAGCCAGCGGUCCGUGCACCCCCUUGCGCUAACGCAGCGACUAGACGUUUCGCACUAUGGCCUGGUGGUUGCCGAGGCACUAGAGGAUCCGGAGACGAGACGAGCCGUGACUGCCGUUACGCGUGUGAUUACGCCCGCUGCAAACAUCGUGCUUUGGGCCGCCCUCCGGUUCAGCGCACGGCUUGCCAAGAGGCGCUCUAUCGGCGCCGCCUUCGUGCCCUUGGCUUGCUCGGAGGACGUCGUCGACCGGUCCUGGUACCUAGGAUUGUCGGCCAAGCGUAGAUUCCUUGUCGGAUUGGCACACCCUCCCGUGUUCGCCUGCCUAUUCCGACAAGUCGCGGCGCCGUCGACGUGGGAAUGUCAUGGAUUCAUCUGUGCCUCAGCUGAAGACGCGCUACUGAUAUGUUCAUCAUUAGGAGAAGCGCGGGACACUGUUGUUGUACUGGAUAGGCCCACGCCUGCACCGGUGGUAGUGGCCGGUGGAAAACGACCAGAUGACUACAGCGACCUCACUUCUAUCACGGCGUCUUCUUAUACUGUGAGGAACGCGAGUAGCCGGAAGCACACGUCGUCAAUAGAUGAACCGCAGUCGUCGGUUACGGCGUCAGCGAGUGGCUACUACCAAGAAGUGGUCGAUCGGAAAUUCAAGUCUCCCCGAAGGUCGUCCAAGAGAGUGUCGCGACGAACGGACACGGAGUCCAAGUCCUCGGCAAGUGAAGAAAGGAAACGACGGGUACGCCGAAAGUCAAAUUCCUACAAGUACCGGGACCUCUCCAAGAAGUACGCUGGUGCUGCACUGCCUAGACCUGUCACAUCUGAGCUGUCGUAUUCAUCUGCGGGAAAUGUGACUGUCACGACGGAAGAUACUCUUGUAAAGGAUGUCAUCUUACAAACGACCAGCCAUAAAGAUGGACUCAUCUUUCAAAACGUCGUACCUGCUUCGAAUGGAGGCGGCGUUCCGCAGGAGUCUUUCGACGAGUCAUCUUCUUCCGCUCAGACUCCAACAAACGACACUGGAUACUUCUCCUCGAAAUCAAAAAGUGCCAAGGCGUCCAAAGAGGACCUGACACACGAAGAAGCCUCCGCUGCUCCCCCGGAGCCGCCUCCUCCACCGAGGCCACCACAGUCAACCUACUACUUCGGUCAAAACGUGGCACCUGUGGCAUCUUCGACUGAAAAGACCUAUGUUACAUCCUACACGUACUUCCUGAAGGACUCUGCCAGGAUUCCUGUCAAGGAGCCAGUGAUCUUGCCAGAACAAGUGAAGCCUCGAGAAACAAAUACGACGGCAGCAGUAACAACAAUGGUUCCACCCAGCGGGACGUCGGACAGCUCAUUGUCAGGUUAUCACUCCGACUCAUGCUGUCAGACGCGAGAAGCCGGCACUAUGACCAAGGACGACGACUGCUGUGACUCGGACUGCUGCUGCUCGUGUGACUUCUCUUCCGUCUGCUCCGAAUGCAGCUCAAGCCGCAGGACGCUGGUACCCAGCGGCCGGUGCCAGAGCCGCGGCCAGAUGACCAUUUCGGAGACGAUCAACUUUAGCAGCGAGUGCGACUCGGAGGCGCACUGGAUGCGACGCAGCUCAGUGGCUCACUCGUUUUCCACUGACGGGCGCGUCAAGGGGCGAUCGGAACACAGCCACGAACACGUCACACGAGCUCAGGUGCAUCACCACCACCAUGAGCGCACCCAGCACGUGCAACAGCAGCACCAGCCGCCGCAUAUCUUCACGGAAGUUAAAUACCACCGGGAACCACAAGAUGGGAAGCAGCAAGCGGAUGCUGAGACAAAAACCAUGAAGAACGCGUGCACUUCAACGACAGCCUCGUUGUGCGGUGACAGCUCGCCCAACGGCAAGGUGGUCAUCGACGUCGCGCAGUGCGACGGAAUCAGUAGAGGCGUCAUGACACCCGGAAUAAUAAGCUUCAACAAGCACGGCCACGUAAGGGACUGGGCCUCACUGAGCAACUGCUCGGGCUCGUCGCGCGUCACCACCACCACCCUCCAGCCGGUGCAGAAGCCGCAACGGACAGUCAAGGUCAUACGGUGGGAGCAGCAGCCGCAGCUCAGCAAACGCAAGUCGAAGCCAGGAUUCUUGACCAACUUGAGGACCUCCUUGACACGCGCCCGGCUCAAGACGGGUAAGUUGUUCAGCCGCAUGCGGUCAAACCACAGUGGAAAAGAGGUCGCCACCACGACGACGGUCCACGAUCCGGACGCUGGGUCGCAAGACGAAGUCUGCCUCAGCCCCGACGGAAACGCACGCCCCAAACGAAAGCGGAGGCGACGGCUGUCCUGGAGCUUCCACGACCUCCGGUCUGCGUUCCCGUCCAAAAACAACGGCACCGCAGCCAAUGCUCCGCAGAGGCCACGACGCAGAAAGAAGAAGAAGAACCGUAACGGCCGUGUUAACGGCAAUGCCGCUGGCAGUGAUGUGUCCGAUUCUUUCUUGGAGGAAGAGGAAGAAAGGGCCGUUGACGCGUCCACGAGUCCGCCACGGAGGCCCCGGCGCAAGUCAGAUUCUGAGCUCGGUGCCAGUGUUUCUGCUGCUAAUGGCGGUUCGCAUAAGAAGCAGCAGCAGCGCCGUGUCGCUGGUGAUGUGACCACUAUACGCGUGGAACACGGACUCACCAAGGAGGGAUUCACACGCUGGUCCAACACGAACUUGCACUCGGAACUUGGAUACAUUCCGUGAGGAAAAGUGCGUGUGUGUGUGUGCUUGGAUUACGAAGAGCAGAGGUAAAUAGGGCGUCCUCUCAGGUUCAUUGUCGGUUGGAUCGCAGCUGAAGAUGACCUUAAUCGGGAUCACAUCUAGCAGUGUCACGCCUCAUAGCUAAUCUGCAUUGGCAUCAUAGACGGGCAUAAACUUAGUUAUUGCCUAUUUUGUGCAUAAGGCGGACGUUGACGAUACACGUUUUAAUCAUUUAUUCAAGCAAAAAGCGAAUGUCAUCAAACGUUCAUUUUUAAAUUUGUUAAACCUAUGCAACGUUACAUUUUAAUUCAAACUACCUCACCAACCAGGAGCGCCAGUUGAUACCGUAGUGUGACCGUCAAACAAAAGCUUGUCGCUGCUUUCCGAGAGCUUGGCAUGGUUGCCAAUAGCAUGAAAGCAAUGAGCAAAGCUGAAUUUUACGAAGCGAGGCUGCUCUCCAACCGAAGAUGAAGUUUGCCGCCCUGGAUAUGGUGUGCCGGUGGAGUGAGUGCGGCUUCGAAAGUGGCCAAGCGCUUAGCGCUUCAAAUCGCGUUUUAGCGAACUUUACACGGCCUAUGAAUCGUUCUAUCAGCCCCUCUGCCUCUUUCCCCUCUUUUUUCCUGUUAUCAAUGUGCAUGAUAUUUGCAGAAGGGAUCAGUCCGUUGCCAUACAGUAGCACUGGACAAAUAUUCAUUUCUUAAUUUCAAAAUACUAAGUUCAAGGGCACAGAAUUUGUACGCCUUUCACGUCAAUCACGCCGAACUAAUAUUUCGCAGUUCUUACCCAGCGAUGACCUACUGUAUGAUAUGCCUUUAUUCCCACAUAUUUAGCAUCGAAAGUCUAAAUUCACAAAGACCCUUCCAAACUACGUCGCUGGGAUUGCUGUAAUGGUAGUGCACAAAUAGGGGGCACUUAUACAGUACUGGUGGUACUUAAUGAGUAACCUCGUGAUAGCGACAGCAGAACCAUUUAGCUUUGUAUAAUCGAAUGCAUUGUUACGAGCAGCUACUUUUGCAUAUUUCUCUUCCUCGAAACGUCACGCGUAUUCUUUUCGCAUGUUUCCUCAUUUAUCAGUUCAACUGAAGGUUAAGCCAUAUGAAGUUUUUAAGCCCUUGAUAUUUGCUGAUUGAAAAGAUGGAAACCUACAACCAAGCAGUUGGUUUGUUCAAGUUAAACGACCAUGGCAUGACCAGAUGAAACUUAUCAAUAUGAAGCAAGCAGCCAUUUGGUAAAAAACUUCACAUCCACAGAUAGCAUCACUGUAAUCAACUCAGUAUAUGGGGUACACAUUACUAUAAACUCGUCGGCAGGGCAAGAGGUAUUGCGUUACUGACGCUGGAGUAUCCACACGUAGUAACAUAAGGAAAAAGGCAACGGACUUAUCCCUUGGUGUGGUUCCCUAGAAAACUCAUCCUUUCCAUGUCGUCUUUUCUGAAUGGCGUUCUAGAUAUUUCUAAUACCUGUCAAUGAGCAGAGGAAAACUUACCUGCUCUUAAACGUGUGCUAUGAGCCGUGUGUACGUAGUCGACGUUAGCGUGACGCUGUGCAAAGAUGCCACGAGCGGGAUCGAUCACUGGGCCUGUGCUCGGGAAUGUGUUGUGCAAGAAGUGGUCAACUGUCAAAGUGUGCCUUCCUCGCGGAGAAGUGCUGCCGAUGGGUGGACAAAGAAAGAAAAGUACCUUACUGAACUCUUAACCGCCUCCGGUUGCGAUGUCCUAGUCCAUCUGUACAUAAAGCCUAUACUCUCCUUGACAGCUAAAUAAAAAGGACAUUCAAGCUUAGCGUA